ACAACAUUUCAAAUUUGAAAUCCCGCGUGGUCGCAUCGCAGCAACCUGACGGAAGGCGAGCUGCACAACACAUAGGCAGCGACGGAAAGAAGAAGAAGAAAAGAAAAGAAGACGACAAAGUGCGCGUGUGUGCGUUUUCGUAUGUGAGCAAAACAACAAUACGGUUGCGAUAAGAACGGUGGUAAAAAUUACAGUUUGAAUAGAGGUUACGUUCAAAAGCAAAGAUAUUCUUCCAAGAAAACACGUUCAAAAGUGUGCGUACUGAAAGUGCAGUUAAGAAGCAUCCAGCUGUAGUCGGGUGAAUGGCAGCGGUGGUUUGUGAAGUGAUUGAUUACCAUCGCCAUCAUAACGCGCGAGUGUGUGUGUGUGUGUGUGUGAAUUUAAAGGGUGUGUAGUGCGUGUGGCAUUGGUUUUUUUCUUCUAUGAUUGCCAUCACAUUCCGCGACGUUCAAAAUCAAUCCAGUCAAGCCCUUGUACCAUUCUCGUGCGUGCUGCUGUUGUCACGGAGCCCCCAACAUUCUUCCACGCGCGUUGCCACUGCUGCCGGAUGCACGGUGCGAGUGCGAGCGCCGCGAGGAGCCGUGAGAGCGAGUGAGAGAUUUCGGCUGAGCAGAGAGAGAGAGAGUGGAAAAAAGCAGCGAGAGAAGCCCUGCAUACCGCGCGCCAGUGUAUUGGUGUGAUCGCGCGUGUACAGCAGUGUGCGUGUGUGUGUGUUGUGUGUAGUGAGCAGUGAGAAGAAAAAAAUCGAAAUACACGAUUUUGACAGCUCGCUCUCGGUUGCUCUCGCUCUCCCUCUCUCGCAAGGAGGCAUUUUCAAUGAUUUGUGUGGUGUUCAAGUGACACGGAAUUCGCUUUCGUCGUGUAGAGGUGAAAAAUCAAAACAUCGUACGUACGGUCUGAAAAUUUGCCGUGCCGUCAAGUGUCUGUGGCGGAUGUGCCAAAGUGUGACCGCUUUUACCUGAAGAUUGCGAUUGUGUUUUUUUUCGGUGUGCCGUGUUGCUACGAACCGAGCAAAAGGCCAACAGUGUGCAGGAGCGGUGUCCCUGCCACCUAAGGAGCGAAGUAAGCAGCAAGACAAGAAAAGCGGGGGGAGGGUCGAUCGAUUUCGUGAAAAGUGCCGUCACUGUGAGCGCUGGGAGCGCAGCGAAAAAGAGCGAGAAGCAGCAACCAGCACAGCAGCAGCAGAAGCGGGAAGCAAAAGAGUGAUUAAAAAUCCUGAGCUUUUCUUGGGAAUUUGUUUUUUUUUGUUUGUGAUUGUGUGCGGUGUGUGCUCUCUCUGUACGGAGCAAUUUUUGUGUGUUGCCUGUGUUUGGAGUUGUGUUUUCCGUGCAUCGUGUGUGUAAAGAAGGAAAAGUCCGGAAUUUCGAAAGGAAAGAAAAGUUUGUGCAACAAUACACACAAAAAAAAACCACACAUACACACUCCUCAGGCCAGGAGGAGUGGCCAGUGGCCCGCUGUGUGUGUGGCUCGACUCGGAAAGCUCAGUGAGCGUAAAAGAAUAAUCAAAAAAAGGGCUAUUAAAAAUGUGAAUGUGUGCGAAAAUCCAAAUCCAGCAAAGUGCCCCAAAAGUCAAGAGUGAAGUGAAAUUGUGCAUGGAAGUAUGCUGGUGAAGUAAAGCGAAAACGAAAAUUGAAUUGCGAUGCUCUCGCUGAUUCUGCAAACAUCCCUCACUGCGUGUGUGCGUGCGCUACGGCCGCUAAGGGUGUGUGCGUGUGCAGCAGCAGCAGCAGAACCGUCAUCGCAGUGUGCGUAGGCGCGCCAAAGAGUGUUUGUGUGUGUGUUCCCUCUCUGUGGGAGUGUGUGUGUGAGAGAGAGAGAGAAAAGCAAUAGUGCGUUUUAUUGUUGUUGUUGUUGUUGCUUUACUGUUGUGCUCAUUGUGCAUCCUUCCUCUCACUUCCUGUUGUGUCCUUCGCCCUCUCAAUCCCCCCCCUCCCCCCCUUCUCUUUCUGACCCAUGUGGAGGAAGCUUAGUAUCGCGGGAAACACGGGCAAUGGUCACCGGUCGCGGCUAUGAGUGCCGAGGUUAGUGCACCGCAAUGGCGAUCGCUCGGAUUCAACGGCGGCACAUCCGACGGUUGCGGGUCGCCAGCAGCCCCCCCACCACCACAACAACACCCGGAGGCCGCUGGUUCGCCCCCGGGGGGCACCCUCAUCAGCAAUGGCGGUACGGGGGCCGGCGCCCUUCCUGAUCUCAUACCGCUUGUCGGUGGCGGGCGACCCAAAUCGCCCGGCGAGAAGUGCAUCAAUCACAACAACAACAUAGUCAACACGACGACGACGACGACGACGACGGAGGCGAAAACACCCACCGGCGGGGAUGUCGAUGGGUGUGCGGCGGCGGCGGCGGCGGAGGAACCGUUCCACUGUGAGCUGGCCGUCGGGCUGGGUGCGGAAUCGAACGCGGACCGUGACUCCGGGUUCGAAACGCCCUCGCUCGAUACGACCACCGGCUCGGGCGGGUGGGGCGAGCGGCCGGCCGACACAACGCCGGACGGUGCGACACCGGUGCAACGUCACGCGGAACAACAGCAGCAGCAGCAACAGGGACGGCACUAUGUUGCGCACGUGGUUGUUGCAGGGGAGUGCAGCGAGUCGAAGGACACGAAGCUAAUACUGCGCCGCCGGAUGUCGCCCGGUGGCGGCGGUGAUGGGUGUGGGUCACCGCACGAUGCGACAGCCCUGCCGUCGUCGGGUGAAACUGCGGCCCACAGUCCGUCCAACAUCAAGCUGGAGACGGGAAGCGAACCGGAAGCGGCAACAGCGGCGCCGGUUGUAGUGAAGCAGGAGCAGGGCGUUGAGGGGACACCAGUUCAAACGCCCACCCCGCGAGCCCCGCAGCAACAUACGGCCCCCAAACGGACCGGCUACCGGGACGAUCCGCUCCCGUUGCCGCUCGAGCCAAAAGAGCACCGGAAGUCGAACCGGCGGAGACAGUUCACCGAUCGCAUCAUCGAUACGCUCUGCCUGCCGGAAAUCUUCUUCAAUGCGCGCGUCCGCCCCAAACCGAAGCCGAAGCAGCCGGCCAAGCAGGCGAACAAACCGGCGGCCGCUGGACCGGUGCCGGGAGCGGCGAAAAAACGUGCCAUCCCUGCGCUGACGGUGCCGAAGCGGCCAACGGCACCGCUCCGCACCACGUCGGCCCUGUCGAACGGCAGCGAGACGGGCAGACCCGGUUCGGCCGCAUCGGCGGCCCACUUUGUCGGUGCCCUCGAGCGUUCCCCCAGCGUACCGUGCACUGGGGCGACGGGCGGCGGAAGCGGUGGCACCACUUCCACCCUGUCCACCACCACCACAGUUCCUAGGGUAAAUCCAAUCUUUCUGUUCGUGAAGCAGGAGGACACGCGCAUCGUGGAGGUCCGGUGCGAGGACUACGACAAGCGCAACCGUAUACGAUUGACGCGGACUGGGCCGGCGGGCAGCUGGCGGGCGAUACCGCGCACCGACCCGACCACGUCCGUCACGUUCUCCCUGCUGCCACCCCGUAGCGAUGGGGAGGAACACGAAGAGGAGGAGGAGGAGGAGGAGGACCAUGCGGCAGCGAGCGACAGUUGCUGCGGCGGACGGGCGUCCAGCGUGUCCGGGUCCGCUUCCGUCUCCGCGUCACCAAAGUACAAACUUGCGACGAAAUCCGGACACAGCAGGCACCAUCACCACCACCACCACCAUCGCAAGCAUAAGAAGAGCAAGAAGAAGAAGCGGCGCCACGUGUCGGAGGGCACGUCGGACGGUGGCCGCGACAGUCGCACGAGCGGUACGAGCUGCAGCGGCACGAUCGGCCGGCUGGUGGCGACCGGCCAGCGCAAGGUGACGUUCAGCGUCGGCGUGAAGCAGGAGCAGCCGGUGGCCACCUCCCCGAACGCGGAGCAGCCGGCGGAGGUGUACCACGACCACGAGCGGAUACGACGGGCGGACGAGGAAGCGUCGGCGGCGGCGGCAGCGGCGGAGGCAGCGGCCGCCGAGGAGCGCGAGCGGGAGGAAACGAUAGCGGAGCUGAUCCGGAACUAUCACGAGCAGCAGCGCCGGCAGCUCCAGGAGCUGCAGGAGAAGCUGCAGGCCAGCCGGCGCAGCGAGCUGGUGGCCGCCAGUCACCACACCAAUAUCAGUAGUUUUAGCGAACCGAGCGCGGUACCGAAUGGCGGCAGCACCACCACCACCGACGCGAUGGUGGUGGACGUGAAGGCGGAGGAAGAGGACGGUGGAACCGGCUUCUGCCCGCGGCUGUUGCUGGGAGACAGCGGUAGCAAUAGUAAUAAUAAUAACAGUAGUAGUAACAAUAAUAGUAGUAACGCUAGUAACGGUAGCAGUAACGCCCUCGGUAGUAGUAUUGGUGGCAGCCCGAGCCACCACGACGCCACCAGCAAGUGCAAUGGCGGCGGAGCAGGAGUCGAGACGGUCGAGAACACAAGCAAUAGCCAUAAACGGCGGCAGUCCGAGCUUUCCCACAAGCUGGAGCUGCUCGAGCUGGACGACGACGAGGACGAUUGUGGAGCGGGCGGCAAGGGUGCCCAGUUGGUAGCCACGCUCGAUGACUACGAAGUGCACGACGACGACGACGUGCAUGGUUCCACGCUGGCAGCGCUGGCACGGACCGCCGAUCGGGAGUGGCCGAUUGCGCUCGCGAAGAAGUCGUCGGAGAUGAAGGCCCGCCGAACGAGCAUCGAGUCACAGAUACCAACAAGCGUCAUCCCGGUGCAGCAGCAGCAGCAUCGGUGCAGUGACGCUGGUGCGCAGGCGUCCAACGACGGUGGACCGCCGCCACUCGGCAGCCUGGUGCUGAGCGUGGACGACGAGGACGACGACGACGAUGGGGGCACGGCCGCGGCGGGUCUGCGUGCACUGGAUGAACUUGGGAUGAAUCAUCAUCACCAUCAUCAUCAUCAUCAGGAGCAGCACCAACACAUCGUUGACGACGACGACGACGAUGUGCAACUGCUCGGCGUGGAAGGCGGUCGGUCUAGCUUCGGCGUGGACCAUCACCACCAUCACCACCACCACCAUCACAGUAUGCACCUGCAUCAUGCGCUUCGCUUCGAUUCGUCGGCAAGACCGUCGCAAGGUUCGGACGAGAUCAUCGAGCUGGUACCGCCCGACGACGACGACGACGCACACGGUGCUUGUGUUGGUGCCGGCCCCAAGGAUGCUGGGGAAGGACAACCGCACGAGCACGACAGCCACCCGGACGAUGAUGGUGGUAGUGCGCUGGCCGCUGCGAUAGCGGCAGCGGUGGCGGCGGCGGCAGCAGCAGCCGCUGCAGCCGAUGCACCAGCGGCGUCACCCGACCGCUCCUCCACCACCGUCGUCGAGAUAGACGACGACGAAGUGUGCGUUCUCGAGCAGCAGCAGCAGCAGCAGCAGCAGCAGGAGAAGCAGCUAACACCAACACCAGCAUCGCAAGGACACACGGCGAAAGGAACCCGAACCCGGAGUAACGACGACGACGACGAUGCUGCCACUACCACGACAACGACGACGAUGGACGCCAUCGUCAUCGGCCCGGACGGUACUACAGGUACGACGACGCUCGCAAGAACAACCACCACUACGACGACAUCCGCGUCGACGGGCUCUACCACCACUACCCCUUCCGUUUCAGGGACGCUGGCGGCGGCGGCAGCAGGCGGCAGUGAAGCGGGCAAGACGAAAUCGACUUGCAUCAAGAGCAACGCGGAAGUGCAUCAUCCACCGCACAUCACCAUCAGUAGUGAUAGUGAGCUCGACGAUGACGAUCCGAAGCACGCGCUGCAGCAGCAGAACUCGGAUCUUCUGGAGCAACAGCAGCAGCAGCAACAACACCAUCAGCAACAAGAACACAACCAUUUGCACCAUCAUCAUCAUCAUCAUCAACAACAACAACAGCUGCAUCAUCUGAGUGCGGAGUUUGGCGACCUGAUCGAAGGCAUCGACGAGCUGCAGGCGGCUAGUAGUAGUGGAGGAGGAGUAGUGGGAGCUGAAGCAGCAGGUACAACAGGAGGAGCAGCAGUGCGGGGAGGACCGGCACACAGCGGGUCGGCGGCGGACGAGCUGCUGCAUGCGGCGGCGGCCAGCUGCGGCGACACUACGAUGACCGGGGCCGCCGAACUGCUCGACUCGCUGGUGGAGCAACAGCGCCGCGCGGACGCCACCGGUGUGGCGGCGACCGGGGGCGGUUCCUCCGCCACUGCGACCAAGCCGACCACCGCCAACCCGAUCUACACGAUCGCGGACGACUACAACGACGACGACGAGGACGACGUGCUGCUGGAGCCGGAACCGGUCGCGGACAUCAUUUCGCGGCUGGGCGAAUCGCUCAGCACCUCGCCGAAGUGUUUGUCGUUCAAUGAGGCGGGCGAAAUCGAGGGCCUCACCGGCGACCUGUUCGGCGGUGGGGUAGGUGGUGGUGUUGGGGGUGGCAGUGCUAGCGGCGGUGGUAGUGAUGGCGGCGUGGAUGACGAUCUGCUGCCGAACCCGUUCGCACCCGAGCAGACGGUAGCAGCUUCCGGUGCGAUGACGCAGCAGCAGCAACAAUCCAGCACGGUGGCAAUGGGGGGUGGCGGAAGUGCUACCACGACGGCGUCCACCACCACCACCACCUCGUCGGCGGCGUCCUCCUCGACGACCACGCUGGAGGACGAGCUGUCCAUCACGAUAAAGGAUCUGACGGAGGCGAGCGAGCACGCGAGUUCCUACUUUGCAAGUGCGGCGGCGGCGGAGGCAAGCAAGGCCGCCGGGAAGGAAGGUACCGAUGGUGACCGAAGUGCCGGCGACAGCGGUGGUGGUAACAGUGCAUCAUCGUCCUCGGUGAGCACCUCGGCGAAGGAGCUGCCGGCCGAGGCGCCGAUCGUGAUAUCGCCCGACUCGUGCCAGGAGGAGCUGCCGAAGGAUCUGAGCUGCCGCAAGCGCAGCCUGUCGCCCUCGCCCCGGCCCGUCUCGCACAGCUCCGAUGCGAUACAGUCGCCGCAGCCGAGCGGGCUGCCCGCGGUGCCGCCGUCGCCGGAUCUGUUCCUGCAGCCGAAAUCCAUCUCCGCGUCCAGCUCGAGCAGCAGCUCGACGACGUCGAGCGUGAUCGAGGCGCUAAUGUCGCAGGCGGCCGCAGCAGUGGCGGCCGUCGCGAAAGGUGGCGGCCGGCCCGCCGCUGCUGACGGGGUGGGUGUUUCAGCGACGACGACGACGAGCACGGUGGCCACCAGUACAAGCGGUAGCGCCGCGGUAGCGACGACGACGACCUCCAAAACGGGCGGCACGGUGCAGCAGAAGGAACCGCUCGAUCUGGGCAAGUGUCGCAAGUCGGCCAGCCCGACGGUCAGCUGCUCGGAGGAGGCGAAGCGGCUCUCAUCGUCCAGCGGUGGCGGUGGCAGUGCCAGUGCCGCCGACGACACGAGCGAACCGAAAGCGAAACGCAUCAAAACGGACCCCGAACAGCAGCAGCAGCAGCAAAGGCCAACCAGUGGUGCUGGUAAGACGGUGCCGGCUGUCACGACGUCCAGUGCGGGCGUGAGUGCCGCCUCCCUGAUCAACGCGAUGGCGGCCGGUGGAAGCAGCGGCCCAGCCGCCUCAGUGACACCUUCCAGCCAGCAGAGUGCAGCGGCGGCUGCAGCGGCCGCUGCCGCCGCCUACACGAAUCUCAACGACUCGGCCCGCCUGGUGGAGAUGCUCACCUCCGGCAACGAUCCGGACCCGCUCACCCAGCUCCGCCUGCUCGUGGGCAAUCCGGCCUGGAAGGUGCCGGACCCGCUGCUCGUGCCAAAGGAUCGGCUGAACGCGGUGCUGGCGUCACCGGCCCGCGAAAUCCCCCUGCUGCUAACGACGCGGCCCGAGCUGCGGCUGCCGGAAGCGUUCGCCUUUCCCAACAUACUGCAGGAUCCGGACAUACUGGUGAUCUCGCUGCAGCAGCUCGAAACGAUCCUGCAGACGCAGGAAGAGCUGGUGAAGCUCAAAUCGAAGACGACGCUCGAUGCGACGGCGGCGGCAGCAGCAGCAGCAGCAGCGGUCGCCACGCCGCCUCCCACCACGCCCGUGCCAUCGAUGGCGGCCGUCGGCAAGAAGGCGCACGCCGCGGCCGCCACCCCGACACCGCCCAGCCCGCUCGAGACGCUGAAGCAAACGCUGACGGCGCAGGCGGCGAAACAGAACCCGAUGAUGAGCUCGCUGCUCGCCUCCGGGCUGGCCGGGGACAUUGACGCGGCAACGACGGCCGCCUUCAACCAGAUGCUCUGGCUGCCCUACCUCGGCCAGAUGGGCCAGUUCGCGCCGGACCUGCUGAAGGCGAUGAUGAACCUGCCGGCCUCGGCGUCCGCUGCCACGGUGGCGGCGGCGGCAGCUGCCGCCGUCGGUGGAGCGACGGGCGCCGCCGGCACCGGCGCAAACACGCUGGCCGACAUGCUACCGUUUAUGGGCCCGCGGUUUCAGGACUUUUGCGGGUUGCCGCCCGCCACGGCGACCAGCCCGCUCGAGUACAAGCGGCAGCUCGAGCUGGCCAUGCUGCAGGAAGCGAUGACGACGGCCAACCUGCAGCAGCGCAAGCAGCAGGAAGCGGCGGCCCAGAAGAAGGCAGCGGCGGCAGCGGCCGCCGCUGCUGCGGCCGCCCACGUCGACCGCAAACCCGUCCUUGGGCCGAAAACGCUCGAGCAGCAGCGCUCGGUGGCGGCAGUAACGGCCGCCGCCAACAUGUUCCAGAGCCAGCAGAAGAAGGCGGCAGCGGCGGCGGCUGCCGCUGCCGCAGCGGCCGGUAUGAUCAACCCCCUCGCGAUACCUCAGUUCAUGACGCCGCCCACGAUGACGCACGGAAGUGGCAGUGGUAGUGGUAGCGGCAACAGCAGCAGCAGCAGUCGGUACGGUGCCGCUGGCGCGGCUGGUGCUAGCUCGCGAACAUCCGCCCAAGCGUUGUUGCAGCAACAGCAACACCAUGCGCAACAGCUCCAGCAGCAGCAGCAGCAGCAAUCGUUCAGUCCGAGUGGGUUUAAAAAUAUGGCCAACCUUAUGAACCAGGCGGCUGCAGCGGCGGCAGCGUCCGGUGGACGGCAGCAGCACUCGGGAAGCUCGCACCGGCAACAGCUUACCGCGUUGCAGAAAGCGAAACUGCAACAGCAGCAACACCAUCAGCAGCAGCAGCAGCUUCAGCACCAAAGCAGUAUGGGUGCGGCCGGUAUGUUCGGUUCGGCGGCGGCCAAUUCGUUCUUCAAUCUUCCCACCAACUUCCAAGAGUUCCACGAGCAGCAGCAACAGCUCGCCCGGAAGCUCCAGAAAGAGCAGCUCCACCAGCAGCAGCACCAGCAGCAGCAACAUCAUCAUCAUCACCAGCAGCAGCAACAGCAGCAGCAUCAGCUUCAGCUACAACAGCAGCAUCAGCAGCAACAACUCCUCCAGCAACAGAUGCACCAUCAUCACCAGGAAGAGCAAAAACCGAGGGUAACGUGCAAAUCGCUGAUGAACUUGCUGCAGCCGGACAAACAGCAGCAGCAGCAGCAGCUGCACAAGCAUGCCGGCGGGGGCAAUGGUGGUGCGAACAGUAGUGCUUCCAGCAAGCUGGCCAACCUGAUGGCCAUCCCGGGGAUGGAUCUGUACACUGCGCAACAGCACGAACAGCUACAGCAACAAAUGUUCCUACAGCAGCAGCAGCAGCAGCAGCAACAGCAGCAGCACAACUUCCUCCAGCAGCAACAGCAGCAGCAUCAUUUAAUGCAGUCAGGCGGCGGUGGAAGUGGUGCGGGCGGUGGUAUGCAUCAGCAGCCCAAGCUAAAGGUGAAGCCCGGUCUGCAUCUGCUCGAUCCGGCCGCCAUGCAGAGACGGUUGCUGAAUACGGACGAUCUGGCAGAGGUCGGCAGCACCACGAACGGGCUCGACGAUACGACGGAUCUGUCCUCGCCGCUCUGGCAUCCUCUGUUUGGCAGUGCCCAGAAGGGUCUUGGACCAGGUGUUGGCGUCCCUCCAACCGGAACCAGCGUUGGCAGCCUGUCGCUAACUGGAAGUGGAUCUUCCGGUGGUGGCCUGAGCGCCUCAUCCGGCGGUAGCAUUAGCAGUGGCAGCGCUGGUGGUGGAGGAGCAGCUGGUGCUGGUGCCGGUGGUGGUGGUGGUGGUGGAGGUGCGAGCAGCUAUCACAGUCCAUGGCAAUGGACUACGAUCACCGCGACGGGCGAAUGACAUUAUGGGGCUCGUAAAGAGCCCGCUGUUGCUGGACCCCAAUCACAGACGGUUCCACUGAAUCAACAGCACCACAGCAGUAGCAGCAACAACAAUAACAACAACAACAACACUACCAGUACCAAUAAUAGCAACAGCAACAACAACAACAAUAAUACCAGUAGCAACAGUAACACCACUAGCAGUAGUAGUGGUGGCGUCGGCAGCAAUGCCGGUGCUGGCACCGCUAGUGCAAACGCGUCCAGCCACGGGAUGGACGGGAUGGUGGGAUCGUUCAAUCAGGCAUCGUUCGGCAACAGCCUUGGCAGUCUGCUACAGCAACAGCAAAGCCAGCAACAGCAGCAACAUCUACUGCAGCAGCAACAGCAGCAGCAGCACCAUCAUCAGCAGCAACACCACCUGCAGCAACAAAACCACCACCAGCAACAGCAACAGCAAGCUAACAUGAUGAACAGCGCCUCACUAAUGCAACAUCAGCAACAGCAGCAACAACAGCAACAUCUACAUCAUCAUCAACAGCAGCAGCAGCAGCAACAGCAGCACCAUCAGCUCCAACAGCAGCAACAGCAGCUCCAGCAACAGCAGCAACAGCAGCAGCAACAACAUCAGCACCAACAGCAAACACUCGGUACCGGUGGUGGACAUCACCAUGGCCUAACGGCGGCCCAAAGUGCCGCCAUGAUGUCGCAGCGCAACCCGUUCGGGUUUGAUUUCAAUCACUUCCAAAGCAACUACUAAAUGGACGGCAGCCCAGUUGCUGUUUGCAACACGCCAUAUUUGUUCGCCGCGUGCUCUGAAGGUCACGCUUCCCGGUACGCGGUGCUUCUUCCACGCAAGUCCUCGCAGAUGUGUCACGGACAGACAGAUCUCACUUACACAAACUCACACACCAAACCGAAAAUGGAACGGUUUUAAUGCUAUAUGCUGCAGUGAGAAGAUCCACGGAGAAGCGGCAGCAAGAACCAAGAGCAAGGCGUGGACGGUCCAUUGUGGAACGGAACUGGAACUUAAUUGAUGACGCUGCAUUAAAUUGCUAUCGGAUCGCGUAUUUUUUUAUUUAUUUCACCCUGGAGGAAUCGUUUCUAUUCUCUAUAAACCCUCAACAAAUGGAACUGACGAUGGUGGUGAUGGUUGCGGGUGAGGCGUGUUACGUCCAGAAUGCUGUUGAUGAAAGCUGUGCAAACUGAAACUGUUGCUGAUGGUGUUUGUUUGUACGCUUCACUGCAAAAGAGAGCAAAUGUGUAUACCAACAAACAAUCACAAGAAGAAAAAUAUGGAGAGAAGAGAGAGAAGAAAAAGUGAAAAGAAAAAAAUCAAAAUUAGCAAAAAAAAAAGUGUAAAAAAUAAUAGUAAACGUUUUACCCCGUUGACGAUCAUAUGCUGAAGGACGAAAGAAGAUUGAAAACAUCCAAUUGCGCCAAAAUUCAGUCCUAACUACUACUACUACUUGUACUACUACAGUGAGCUGUACAUAUAACCGUGCAUCGGGGAAUGUAAAUAGAAAAGAGAACGGAGAAAAAGUGUUACCCUAAAAACGGUAAAAGAAGCAGAACGAAACGAAACAAACACACAAAAAAAUGUACAUUUAAGUAAGUCCAACAGUGACAAAGUAGUAGUACAGAUCGUGUUUGUAUCAAACAAAACACUAGCAAACAGACAGAGAAAGUAAAAUGGAGAAGUUUCUCUUCUUCUCCCUUCCAUUCAUUAAGCAAAUACACACACACGCAAACAAAAAAAAAACAUUAUUAGAAGAAAAUUUUAGGUCAAAUUUACAUGUGAAAAUGUCACAUUCGAAUCCCGUAAAAAGAAAAAAAACUCAUAACAAAAAUUAAACACUUGAUAAUAAGAAACUAGAAGCAAGACAUGUGUAUGUGAAUGUGUGUGUAUGUGUGUACUAGAGAGAGAGAAAAAAAAGAGGAAAUGCAAACACGAAACAGCACAGCACUGUAAUGAACACUACGAAUUUUGUCAAAGACAGUGUAAUCGAAAGCGUUAGCAAAAGAAGCAAAGCAGAACAAAUAAUAAUGCAAACGUAAAAAAAGAAGACAGAAAUAGAGAAGUAAACAGAAUGAGAAAAUAAGCUCCAGCUAAAAACAACAAACGUAUAACCCCGAUGUGUAUAGGCCAAAACAAGAUGGGAGAAAGCGAAAAAGCGGAUGGAAAUCGUGGGUACUUAUCAACAAACAGGUGUCUAGUCGUGGUUGGACGCAAAACAGAUAGACCAAAUGGCGAUAGUAAUGGCGCCAAACAGAUAGUAAUGGCGUUUGUAAAUAUUCGGUUAAACAAAGGUAGCAAACCAAGGACGGCCGUUCCUUUCCGGAAACCAUCAGCAAAGUGUCUCACUUUUCGUGGAAAACAGCGCUUGGGAGGGGAAAAAAUGGAAAAGUGUACAGCCAGCACAGACACAGCGCAGGUUUAUGAAACUAAAGAGCCCUUUCUUUCCUAUGUUAUAUCGUUUACUACUUUUUCCCAUUAGAAAUUAUAGUUCGUUAACUACUUUAAAGGGAUUAUGUGUAGCACACACAUACACCGGAACUAUUGUAACAUUAUAGAGCUCUUAACAAAACUGAUCCCUGAUUUCCUACAUGCACGCAGGAAGGAAUUACACUACAAUGCGCUUCGGUUGACCGGGCUUGCGGUGCUGGUCCCGCGCUCGAACUAGAUUUCCAAUAAGUUUAUUGUCUUUAUCGCUUACAUAAAGCUUGUUAUUACAUUUUCAUUAGACUGAAACGUGUUGGGCCAUUGGUGGUUAUUUAUCGCUAGACAGAUAAAAGAGACAGCAAGGGAGGGAGAGCAUGGAAAGGAGAAAGGAAAGGUGCACGAUACAUUCUGCAAAGGAAAGGGUGUAAACUGCUAAUACAACAGACACACACAAAGAGAGAAGUGUGCGAGAAAGAUAAAAUCUAAACCUGUUUCUAGUGAAAUUAGCCGUAGUUAAAGUGAAAUUUUAAAAAGCAAAAACCAACUACACAAAAAGGAGGAGAUAGCAGAAACGGAGAAAGAAACUACACCAGAAAACCUAAAUCUACUAAAGGAGAACGAGAGAAACACAGUAGUAACAGAGAGCGUUAGGAAUGAAAACAAAAAAAGAAGAGAUGAAAAGUUAAAGUCCACAAGUAAUGUUUUGUGUAUGUUUGGUUUUUUUAAAGCAAAAGCAGAAAAAAAAGGAUAAGAAAGGGACAAUAGAUACACACGCACACAAACGCGCUCACACACGCACACAAAUACACCAUUCGCUUUAGCUAACGAGUUCGGCGUGAUGUCCAUCUCUGUGUGUGCGUGCGUGCGUGCGUGUAUGUGUGCUCCCGAUAGGCCUGUACCACUGUAUGUAUGUGUAGCGCGCGUGUGUGUAUGUCAAGUAUGUAUGUGUGUGUGUGUAGUACGGACUACCAAAAAAUAAAAGGCGUAGAAAGUAGAAGAAGGUCACAGCGAAGUGGACAGGCAGAGGUGUAAGGACAGUGAUGCUGUGGUCGUAUGAGUAUAACAAUUUGUUUUUAAUUUUAACGAACUGUGAUGUAAAAAACAUAUUUAUUUAUAUAAUUAAACAAUCUAAUGGACACACACACACACACCAAGGCUAAAGAAAAAGGCUCCUUCGAUGGUGUUUGAUUUUUCGCCCUCUUCGCCUCGGGUUUCGGGGCAUUGCGCUCAGCAAAGCAUUACUUUCAAGUCUUGUAAAGCAACUAAUAUGACGCAAAACGGAUUAAUACAUAGCCAAUAGUGUGAGCGUGUUUCUCUGUAACCCCUUGUUUUAGAAGAAUGGGUUUGCGUGGAAAAAAAUGGAAUUGUGUCUGUUGAAAUUGGGGGAAGAAAACCCUCACACUAAAACAGCAAAAGGCAACCGAAAGCUCCAUGAAAGCUGUAAGCAAUCAAGCGAAACAAGGAAAAGGGGGAAAGGAGCGUGACGGUGGUGUGUCCCUAUGUUACUUGUGUAUAAUGUAAGCUGUAAUAAGAAAACAAGUAAUACUAGCGCAUGAGAAAAGGUGGAAAAGAAAUGUUAAGAAAACGAAAACAACCAACACAGAAACAAAGAAAGAAGAGAAAACCGAUACCACAAGGGCAGGGGCAGAUGGCGAUAUAUAGAAGUGUCUCUCCCUGAAGUACGAAAAUAAAAUAAUCCAUGUGUAUAGUUGUAACUGUGUAAUAUCCUGACCCAUCACACACACACACACACAAACGCAUCCCACUCCCCACUACUGUCCCCAUGGCCUGCCGAUGGGGCCCGCAGAUAUUUGAUGGCAGAAUAAGACGGAAACAAAACACCCGAAUAAAAUCACAUGUGUACCCACAACGUGUAAUGGAAGUUAAAACGAA